AUGCCAAACUUUUCAUGUGACGGUUGUGGAGAUAUUUUAAAGAAACAACAAGUAGCACCUCAUAUUUGGCGUUGCCGGUAUGCUACAUUCUCAUGUAUCAAUUGUCGUCAAGUGUUUACAAACAAGGAAUAUCAAAUUCACUCGGCUUGUGUAACAGAAGAAGAAAAAUAUCAUGGUAAAUACUUUAAAGGUCAAAAAUAUGAUCCAACCAAAGAGAAUGCAAAUAAUAAUGGAAAAAUAAAAAAUAAUAAUAGUAGUGAUAACAACAACAAUAGCACAAUCAAACAAGAAAAUAGUAAUGGUAAUGGUAAUCACAAGAGAAAAGCAGAUCAAGAAAAUACAUCAAUCAAACAAGAGGAACCAUCAACCAUCAAGAAACAAAUCAAAAUUGAAAAGGAUGAAAAGGAGGAAUCUAAAGUUUCAAAAGCAGUAACCAAAACUGAUGAUAGUGAUAGUGAUAGUAGUAGUAGUAGUAGCAGUUCAUCAUCAUCAUCAUCUGAAGAUUCGUCAAGCAGUAGUGAAGAUUCAUCAAGUAGCAGCAGUAGUGAAGAUUCUUCUUCAGACUCUGAUUCGUCAAGUGAUAGUGAUAGUGAUAGUGAUUCAUCAUCUGAUUCAUCAUCAGAAUCAUCAUCGUCAUCAUCAGAAUCAGAAUCAUCCAAAGAUGAAGACAAUAGCGAAAAUACUACACAAAGUGAUCAAUCCAAGAGCAGCGAUGAAGAUGAAUCUGGAGAUAUCAAGAUGAAGGACAAAGAAGAAGAAGAAGAAGUAAAGAAACAAGAUAGUAGCAGUGAAGAAUCUUCAUCAUCAGACUCUGAUUCGUCAUCAUCUGAAUCAUCUUCAUCAGACUCUGAUUCGUCAUCGUCUGAAUCUGAAUCUGAUUCGUCGUCAUCCGAGUCGGAAUCUGAUUCUUCGUCAUCCGAGUCGGAAUCUGAUUCAUCGUCAUCUGAAUCAUCUUCUGAUGAAUCUAGCAGUUCAUCAAGUAGUUCAGAAGAGGAAGCUUCAGCAGAGGUAGAAGGAAAAGAGGUCAAAGAACAAGAUCCAUCCAUAUCAGAAGAACAAGUUGAAAAGAAAGAGGAGUCAAGUAGUGAGGAUUCAUCAUCGUCAUCAUCCGAAUCAUCAUCAUCAGAGUCUGAAUCCGAAUCAUCGUCAUCAGAAUCUGAAUCUGAAUCGUCGUCAUCAGAGUCAAGUUCAUCUGAAUCCGAUGAUGAUUCCUCGUCAAAAUCGAGUAGUCGUUGUUCGUCAUCAUCAGAGUCAAGUUCAUCUUCAUCAUCUGAAUCAAGUUCAUCAUCGUCAGAGGAUGACAGUUCAUCUGAUGAUUAA